AUGGAGGAGAGAAAGCUUAAAAUUUCCUUCAAUGGAGGAUUCAGAGUACGCUUCAAUGGAGCAGAAAAAGGGAAUCAGGUGCACCCAGUGGUGGACUUGGGCUUAGAACUGGAUGAAAAUGCCUUUGGAGGCGAUGCUUUUGUUAGUGAUGGUUUCAAAUCAUGGAAUCGAUCGGAUUUAAUAAGAAAACAUGUCGGUAAAUACUUGAGUGCACAUAAUAAUGCUGUUUUAGCUAUGGAUUUGUUCAAGAAACAAAAUUCAAGCAUCACACAAGCCUUGACAAAACAACUCGCUGAGAGUACAAAUGCAUAUAGGAAGCGACUUGAAGCUUCAAUUGAAUCUAUCCAAUGGCUUUUACUCCAAGGGUUGCCUUUCCGUGGUCAUGAUGAAAAAGAAAGUUCCUUAAGAAGAGGUAACUUUCUUUCACUUUUAUCCCUUAUUUCCAAAGGUAAUCCUGAAUAUUCUAAAGUUGUUUUCAAAAAUGCUCCUAGUAAUUCUCAACUUACUUCUCCUAAAGUCCAAAAAGAUAUCAUAAAUGCAUGUGCAAAAGAGACCACUAAAGCAAUGCUUGAAGAUAUUGAUGGUGGUUUGUUUUCUAUCCUUGCUGAUGAGUCCGCUGAUGUUUCUGACAAGGAACAAUUGGCUCUUUGUUUGAGAUAUGUUAAUAGAAAGGGAGAAGUGUGUGAGCGUUUACUUGGUAUUGUGCAUGUUGUAAACACUACUUCUUUGACUCUCAAAACUGCUAUUGAAUCCUUAUUAAUGGAGCAUUCUUUGUCUUUCUCUCAAGUACGGGGUCAGGGUUAUGAUGGGGCAAGUAAUAUGCAAGGUUCUAUUAAUGGCCUUAGGACUCUUAUAGAGAAUGAGUGUAAAGAAGCUUAUUUUGUCCACUGCUUUGCUCACCAACUUCAAUUAACUCAAGUUGCACUUGCUAAAAAGAAUUCAGAUUGUGCUUGGUUAUUUGUUGAUGUACUUGCACCUCUCUUGAAUUUUGUGGGGGGUUCACCAAAAAGGAAAGAGUUUCUUCGUGAAAAUCAAGCUCAAAGAGUGGUGGAUGCAUUGUCUCUAGGUGAACUUGAAACGGGUUCAGGUUUAAAUCAAGAACGUGGAUUAGGUAGACCUUGUGAUACUCGUUGGGGAUCUCACUUCAAGACAAUCUUGAAUGUACUUGAUUUAUUCCCUGUAAUCCUUGGUUCUCUUGAGGAUAUUGCAAAAGUAUCUGAUAUAAUAGAUUCUAAUAGAGCUCAAACACUUACAAAUCUUCUGAUGUCCUUUGAUUUUGUGUUCGUGGCACACUUGAUGGUUAGUAUAUUUGCGAUAACAAAUGCUUUGAAUGUGGCCUUACAAAAGCACGAUCAAGACAUUGUGAAUGCAAUGGCCAUGGUUAAUGUAACCAAGACUAAUUUGCAAAAAAUGAGAGAUGAAGGAUGGGAUUCUCAUAUGGAAAAGGUAAUUUCUUUUAUUGGUGACUAUGACAUUGCAGUUCCAGAUAUGGAGGCUAAAUAUGUUGUUCCCGGGAAGAGGUUGUUUAGAGAUAAAUGCCCACAAGUGUCUAAUCUACAUCAUUUUCGAGUUGAAGUUUUUUUUGGUGUCAUUGAUCUUCAAUUGCAAGAACUUGAAAAUCGAUUUCCCGAAAUAACUAAAGAACUACUUGUGUGUAUGUCUUGUUUGAGUCCUGUGGAUCGUUUUUCUAAGUUUGAUAAGGAAAAAUUGAUUAAGCUUGCAAAAUUCUAUCCUAAUGAAUUUCCAAGUUCAGAAUUGAUAGUCUUUGGUCAUACACUUGAGAGUUACAUUUGUUCUGUUAGAGGAGAUGAAAGGUUUUGGAAUUUAAAGGGUCUUAGUGAUCUUUCAAUCAAAUUGGUUGAAACGGGAUUGUCUGAAACUCAUGAUAGGGUCUAUUUACUUUUGAAGUUGGUGUUGCUUCUUCCUGUCGCAACGGCAAGUGUGGAAAGGGUAUUUUCUGGCAUGAAGCAAGUGAAAGACAAACUACGAAAUAGCAUGGGAGAUCAAAUGUUGAAUGAUUGUAUGUCAUUUAAGCUUGUAAACCCUAACCUUGUUAAUUUUCAAUUGGGCGAAAUAUGUGAAUUGUUGACAAAGGCUAGCUGGAAAUUGCCCAGUAUGCGGGGAUGGUUGGCUAAUGUGUUUCCUAGUGUUGAAGUUAUUGGAAUUACAAGUAGUUGUUUGACUGUUUUACAUUGUUGA